AUGAUUCCUCACCACCACCAUCAUCACAGCACUUCCGUUACCGAUACCAUUGACUUUUUCUCGGAACAAUCUCCCUUCUAUGCUGAGAGUAUUCAAAUUGCAAAGCAAGCCUAUAAGAAUAAGCCACAGGCUUUGGUAUUCCCACAACAAGUACAGCCCAUCCAUCAAGAUCAACUCUCCCCUCUGAGAGAAGUUUCCUCUUGGUUUGAUGAUGAAAGCGAGUUGAAUGAAACGGUCAAUAAGAGUGCACCAUCUCCAGUCAAUCAGCCAUUUGCUGUGCACGAGGAUCAAGUAUUCCUCGAUGGAGGCAAUUGUGAUUUUGAUAUGGACUUUUUCGAUACAACCCCUGCUGUACAACAACCAUCAUCAAAGAAAGUCAAGUAUGAACACCACCAUGAGGUUUCGAGCUCUAAUCCAGGACAACAGCAGCACUAUUCGAAUAGUUUGAUGGAAGCAUCGUCGUCAACACCUGCAGUGAAGCCUUCUUCGCAAGAUAAUUUGCUAUCGAUACUGCUCCGAGAACAACAAAAACAAGGAGCAGAAAUUACCGAAUUGAAGCAAAUGGUACACAAUUUACAAGCACAAAUCAUGAUGCAUCCAAUGUAUCAACAACAGUUCAUGCUCUAUCAACAACAUCAGCAACAACAAUAUCAAUUGUAUCUGCAGCAACAACAUCAACAACAAAAUAAUUCGCAACACCAACAACAAAACCAUCAAUAA